UGCAUGGGAAUUGGUAAUAAAGGCUACAGCUUGUUGAAACCUGGUGGUAGGCGAUAAUGGACAUGGAGAGGGUGCAAGCCAUUGCCUUUUCCUUCAUGACGGAGGGCCGCAUCCCACCAGAGUUCAUUAGAUCCGAGAAGGAACAACCUGCCAUCACAACCCUUCAUGGGUAUGACCCUCAAAUCCCCACCAUUGAUUUCAGCGACCCAGAUGAGGACAGCCUCACAAGUCUCAUUGCCGAGGCUAGCAGGGAUUGGGGGAUGUUCCAGAUCGUGAACCAUGGCAUUCCCACUCACGUUAUCAACAAUUUGCAGAAAGUUGGUGAGGACUUCUUUGCCCUCCCGCAAGAGGAAAAGGAACUUUACGCCAAGCCUCCCGAUUCCAAGUCUAUUGAAGGCUACGGAACAAGGCUACAAAAAGAAGAGGAAGGAAAAAGAGCUUGGGUUGAUCACCUCUUCCAUAAGAUCUGGCCUCCUUCCGCUAUUAACUACCAGUUCUGGCCCAAAAAUCCUCCUUCUUACAGGGAUGCGAAUGAGGCGUAUGCCAAGUGCCUGCGAGGAGUGGCAGACAAACUGCUUAGUCGAUUGUCGGUAGGGUUAGGGCUGGGAGAGAAGGAGCUUAGGGAGAGUGUAGGUGGAGAUGAAUUGACGUACCUUUUGAAGAUUAAUUAUUACCCACCAUGUCCUCGCCCGGAUCUGGCUCUUGGCGUGGUUGCCCAUACUGAUAUGUCAGCCAUAACCAUCCUUGUUCCGAAUCAUGUUCAGGGGCUUCAACUCUUUAGAGAUGACCAUUGGUUUGAUGUCAAGUAUAUCCCUAAUGCCCUUGUCAUCCACAUCGGCGAUCAGCUGGAGAUUUUGAGCAACGGCAAGUACAAGAGUGUGCUCCACAGAACAACUGUAAAAAAGGAUAUGACCAGAAUGUCAUGGCCGGUGUUCUUGGAGCCGCCGCCUGAGCUGGCUAUAGGUCCUCUUCCAAAGCUCAUCAGCGACGACAAUCCACCAAAAUAUAAGAAGAAGAGGUAUUGUGAUUAUGUAUAUUGUAAGCUUAACAAGAUUCCCCAGUAAAUUAACCCAACCAAGCAUUGUGAUCAAUCUUGUAUAAGGAGAUUCAAUGUUUUAUUUAA